AUGGAAACUAGAAAGACUUUUUAUUGGAUAAAGGAAAAGAUUACUCGAUCUAUUUCUGUAUCGAUCAUGAUAUAUAUGAUAACUCAGACAGCCAUUUCAAAUGCAUAUCCUAUUUUUGCACAACAGGGUUAUGAAAAUCCACGCGAAGCCACUGGGCGUAUUGUCUGUGCCAAUUGCCAUUUAGCAAGUAAGCCCGUCGAUAUUGAGGUUCCACAGGCGGUACUUCCUGAUACUGUAUUUGAAGCGGUUGUUCGAAUUCCUUAUGAUAUGCAACUGAAACAAGUUCUUGCUAAUGGUAAAAAAGGGGGUUUGAAUGUAGGGGCUGUUCUUAUUUUACCGGAAGGGUUUGAAUUAGCUCCUUCCGAUCGUAUUUCUCCAGAGAUUAAAGAAAGGAUAGGCAAUUUGUCUUUUCAGAGCUAUCGCCCCAAUAAAAAAAAUAUUCUUGUGAUAGGACCCGUACCCGGUCAGAAAUAUAGUGAAAUCACCUUUCCUAUACUUUCCCCGGACCCUGCUACGAAGAAAGAUAUUUACUUCUUAAAGUAUCCUAUAUACGUGGGCGGGAACCGAGGAAGGGGUCAGAUUUAUCCUGACGGGAGUAAGAGUAACAAUACAGUUUAUAAUGCUACAGCAGCAGGUAUAGUAAGCAAAAUCUUACGAAAAGAAAAAGGGGGAUAUGAAAUAACCAUAACAGAUACGGGUGGACAAGAAGUGGUUGAUAUUAUCCCCCCAGGACCAGAACUUCUUGUUUCAGAGGGCGAAUCCAUCAAAUUUGAUCAACCAUUAACGAGUAAUCCUAAUGUGGGAGGGUUUGGUCAAGGGGAUGCAGAAAUAGUACUUCAAGACCCAUUGCGCCUCCAAGGCCUUUUGGUCUUCUUGGCAUCUGUUAUUUUGGCACAAAUCUUUUUGGUUCUUAAAAAGAAACAGUUCGAGAAGGUUCAAUUAGCUGAAAUGAAUUUCUAG